CAAAAAGAAGAAAAAUUUUCUUUCUUUUUGCAGUGACAAUGGUGGAGCCUGCAAAAGUAACCCAAGCGGCAGCACCAGCAGUGCCUCAGCUGAAGGAUGAGCUUGACAUUGUCAUACCAACAAUAAGAAACUUGGACUUUCUUGAGAUGUGGAGGCCAUUUUUCCAGCCUUACCAUCUCAUCAUUGUUCAAGAUGGUGAUCCUUCCAAGACCAUCAAGGUCCCUGAUGGUUUUGACUAUGAACUUUACAACAGGAACGAUAUUAACAGAAUUUUGGGUCCUAAAGCUUCUUGCAUUUCCUUCAAGGACUCUGCUUGCCGUUGCUUUGGUUACAUGGUCUCUAAGAAGAAGUAUAUUUUUACCAUUGAUGAUGACUGUUUUGUUGCUAAGGAACCAUCUGGCAAAGCCAUCAAUGCACUUGAGCAGCACAUCAAGAACCUGCUGUCCCCAUCGACUCCCUUCUUCUUCAACACCUUGUAUGACCCAUAUAGAGAGGGUGCUGAUUUCGUCCGCGGGUACCCAUUCAGCCUCCGCGAGGGUGUUCCAACUGCUGUCUCUCAUGGCCUGUGGUUAAACAUCCCGGAUUAUGAUGCACCGACUCAACUUGUGAAACCUCUCGAGAGGAACACUAGGUUUGUGGACGCUGUUCUGACUAUUCCAAAGGGCACAUUGUUCCCCAUGUGUGGUAUGAAUUUGGCUUUCGACCGUGAGUUGAUUGGCCCCGCCAUGUACUUUGGACUCAUGGGUGAUGGUCAGCCGAUCGGACGCUACGAUGACAUGUGGGCCGGCUGGUGCAUCAAAGUGAUAUGCGACCAUUUGGGACUAGGAGUCAAAACUGGACUACCUUACAUCUAUCACAGCAAAGCAAGCAACCCAUUUGUGAACCUAAAGAAGGAGUAUAAGGGCAUAUACUGGCAGGAAGAGAUAAUCCCAUUCUUCCAACAAGUUGUGCUUCCAAAAGAGUGCACCACUGUUCAAGAGUGCUAUAUUGAGCUGGCUAAGAAGGUGAAGGAGAAGCUUAGCAAAGUUGACCCAUACUUUGACAAGCUGGCUGAGGAAAUGGUUACCUGGAUUGAAGCCUGGGAUGAGCUCAACCCUACUGGAGCUGCGGUGCCAAAUGCUAAAGCAAAUUAGAAAACUUCAGUCGCCAUUGUUUCCCCAUAGUUGACUGGGUUACAGUUGUUUCCUGUUUCUGUUUGGUAUUUUUACUGUUUUACCCUCUCUCUUUUUCCAGAUUUUCGCAGGAUGUGAUGUAAUUUUUUUGACUUUUAUGUUGAAGACAUUAAGAUGCAUUAGUUCGGUUAGUGUGCU